GCCUCAGUGAAGCUAACCAAGCCACUGCGAGCGUUACCCAGCAGUGAGGCGACCCCCGUGUCUCACCCAGGGGAGGUACAGGACAUGGAUCUCGUGUCCCCUGCAUUCAGACUAUUCCCAGGGGCUUAAGGUUAUGUACGUCCCCAGAAACCUCGUCCUUGGGGAUGCCACCAUGCGGAACCCUGUCAAAUACGUGAUGGUGGAAACUGAGGAGGACCCAGACACGGCACCUGAAGGGAAGCAAGGCCAAUUUAUCCCUUCAGAAGAUCUAGAGAGGGUGUUUGAAGAGAAAGAUGUACAGUUUAUCCCUUCAGAGGACCUUAAAACAACACUUGUAAGUGAAGAAGAGCAUUUUAUCCCUUCAGAAGACCUAAAGACAACACCUGAAUGGAAAUAUGAGCAUCUUGUGCCUUCAGAUGACCUUGUAAGCGAGACACAUGGACAGCUCACUCCCUCAGCUGUAAAGAUAAAGAAGAACCCUGUCAAAUACUCCACCUUCUUGAAGAUCCACAAGAAGGGAGAGAAAGACACAAGUGAAGGGAAAUAUGAACCUGUCACCCUCUCAGGAGACCAGGAAGGGACUGGAGGACCUCUUAUCCAAUCAGAUGUCAAGGUAAACAAAAGCCCUGUCAAGUAUUCCACCUUCAGGACCAAAGAUCAAGAGCAAGACACACCUGUGAGAAGAGCAGACCUCACCCCAUCAAGUACAAAGGUAAACAAACACAUGACACGUGACCGGGACUCAUCUAUGACCACAACAACGACCACAAUGACGACAAAAACAAAACGACCCACUAAAGACAGACCGGGUAGCAGCAGCAGCACCAACAGUAACCCACCUGAGCUCCAUUACCGGAAACCAGGUGAGGCGGAGGACGCAACAGGUGACCAUCAACUUUCCCGGCACGUCUCAGGUGACUCCUCCCUGCUGACUCACCUGCUGACUCACCUGCUGCAGCCCUCACCUCACCACCACCACCACCACCACCUGUUACAACCAUCUGCCAGCGAACGCAGUGUAUGGAACAAGAACAGCAAAAAUAUCCAUGCAGGAAUGUAUUUUAAAUCCCUGACGAAUGAUGGGAGUUUUUCCUCGAGGCAAAGAAGAAGUGUUGCCAUCAGGAGGAAGAGGGAGGAGGUGGAGUGGCCGGUGGAGGUGCGGGUGGAGGAGGGAGGCGUGAGGGACGUAGAUGUGGAGAGUGGAAGGCAGCUGGUGCAGAAUACAGUGGCGCUCAUCACUGCAAAUCCUGGCCUGGUUCUUGUGUUUGCCUUGUCGAUCUGGGUGGUUUGGGCCGUGGCAGUGGGCUUCGACCCCAUCAGCUAUCUCAACAGCUUCGGCACAGGGGCGCCAGGCGGGGGCGGCUCGAGCGGCGGGAGCAGCGUUGUGUCCUCGUCCUCGUCCUCCGCAGUGGUGCUUGGAGCCUUGGACAGUCCCCCAGCCCUGUCUUUACCCGCUGUGCAAGGCGCGGACAUCUCACCAGUCCUCACUGACGGGGAGCCAUCACCGGCCCUCGAUGAUGCAGAGCCCUCCCCCGACGCCGAGAGUGUUCCCACGGAUGAUGGAGGCACCCCUGCAGCAGAGAGUGGUGGUCCCUCUCUUGAUGGCACCACCGGUGACACCAGCCCUGUUUCUGACGAAGGUUCUGCGCCUCCUCCCUCUGACGCAGACAAUCCACCUUCAGACCCUACAAGCACUGAUGACGCAACUGCAUCUGAUGCUGUUGCCCCUGCCGACGAUGACACAGCUCCAGAGACUCCCGUCAGCGACGGCACAGAUGCAGACUCUGCUGACAGCGGUGACAUAGAUGCAGAGUCUGCUGCCAGCGAUGACACAGCUGCUGACUCUCCUGCUAGCGAUGACACAGCUGCUGACUCUCCUGCUAGCGAUGACACAGCUGCUGACUCUCCUGCUAGCGAUGAUACAGCUGUUGACUCUCCUGCUAGCGAUGACACAGCUGUUGACUCUCCUGCUAGCGAUGACACAGCUGUUGACUCUCCUGCUAGCGGUGACACAGCUGUUGACUCUCCUGCUAGCGAUGAUACAGCUGUUGACUCUCCUGCUAGCGGUGACACAGCUGCUGACUCUCCUGCUAGCGAUGAUACAGCUGUUGACUCUCCUGCUAGCGAUGAUACAGCUGCAGACUCUCCAGCAAGCGGUGACACAGCUGGUGUCACUGAUGGUGCGGGUGACGGGUCUGCCGUGGACGAGGGCACUGGUGAGGAUCCUCUCAUCAGCGAGGGCGCGGCUACUGGUGAGGAUGUUGGAGACAGCGGUGCUGCCACCGGGCCUGGCGUCCUGUUCGCUGGGGCGAUUAGCGACGCCACUACCACAGAGGGCGAGGCAGGGUCCCUGACGCCGGCCUUCGCGUCCCUGCGGCCCUCGUCCACCACGGGCACCACGGAAGAGGCGCUGCUGGCGGUGGACGGCGCGAUAUGGGAGAUUUUGGCAAACAUCUCCUCCUCCAUCACCACCACCGAAUCAACAGACGGCGAGAACAGCCCCCCGAAGCUGCCGCCGCUGCCCGUGCCUACAGGAGACCUCACCGGGCCCAUCCAUCACCUCCAGCUACUCCGUCCUGCACGCCUGCCUUGUGCUGGGCGGGGACGUGCCCUCCUGCGUGGCCCAGGCAGCGGCAUUUGGCGAGAUCCUACAGAACAAGACGCAGGAUUCCCUACAACGCCCUACCUCCGAUGAUGUCACCCCCGUCAUCCUUAGGAACCAUUCUGAAGAUACAUCCUUUUGCUGAGGUCCUUCACUCCCUGCAGGAUGGCGACGGGGGAGCGCAGGAUGCCGUGAUUGACAAGACGCCUCUCGGUGACCUCGUUGACAACAAUAGUGUGAUCCUAGGAUUCCUCAGAAACCAGGAACGUGAGUCAUGACCUCGUGGAGAAGGUCAUUUCACAGGUCAAUUCCAUCAAGGACACUUUCAAGGACUCCCAGGUGCUGAUUCCGUGGAAGGAGAACGAGGGCGAAGUGGAUAUCGGCGAAGGAUCCCCUACGCAAGAUCAGGAGCCGUCUGAUAAUGACCUCCAGGAAAAUUCUGAGGAUCUACAGGAAAGUUCAGGAGAUUUGCCGGAAAAUUCUGACAAUCUACAGGAAAAACUCUGGAAAUCUACAGGAAAAUUCCGAUCUCCCGGAAAACUCUGAUGAUGUCGAGGAAAACCAUGACACUCUCCCGAUAAUGUUAGAUCUCCAAGGAAAUUCUGAAGGACCCCAAAGAAAUUCAGAGCCCCCGAAAUUGUACAGCACCAGUGAGACACUCGCACUGACAGACACAGGGAAGAACACCCCCGUUUUCUUCCUUGAUGCUGCAAGGCGAAAUCAGCGUGAAGGACAAAGAAAACGAGAAGAUGGGAGAUGGAGAUGAGAAAAACGUCGAUAAUGAUAAUGAAAGGAAGAAAAUAAAUGAGGCUGAGAAAAAUAAAGAGGAAAUGAAGGAGGAGGAGAUAGAGGAGGAGGAGAUAAAGAAAGAUAAGAUGGGUUUGACUGACAGGCGUGGCUUACUUAUCAAAUCCAAGUAUCCUCACGCUGAAAUCCUCCCCACGAAGCCGAUCCGAUUCUAUAUGCGUAACCGAUAAGGGAUCCGAACCUGUCUAAUCCUCCCUGAUCCCCUUUGAUGCUCCUUAUCCUCUCUUCUGAUCCUCUUCUAUUCAUCCUAGAUCGUCCUUUGAAUCCUUGUAGUCUUUCUUGAUCCUUCUAUUUUCGUCCUUGAUUUCUUUAUAUUUCUGAUUACUCCUUUUAAUUUUCGUAUAUUUUUUUUUCAUGGUCUUAAAUUAAUCGUAAAUAUUCUCUGUUUUAGUUCAGUUCUGUUCUUUAUUUCUCUAGUCGAUGUAAAUUUUCUUUUAUACUCUGGAAAAUAAAAUAUGAGAGAGAGAGAGAGAGAGAGAGAGAGAGAGAGAGAGAGAGAGAGAGAGAGAGAGAGAGAGAGAGAGAGAGAGAGAGAGAGAGAGAGAGAGAGAGAGAGAUAGGGGGGAAGAGAGUGUGUGUCUUUAAUGCUCUAAUGCUCAAUUUAAGUAACUGAUCCUUACACAAAUAGUCUUAAGUAAUUUAUUCAUUUCUUUUUGUAAUAUAGACUUUUUUUCCCUGCAUGGUUUAAAAUCUCUGGCUUUUAUUUAUUUAUUCGGUUUUCAUUAACGUGUGGUGACCGGGUGUAGGUUUAAAUAACAUAAGUUUAAUCUAAGUGCUCUCUUGACUAAUGUUAUUUAUUGUUAUUGGUGUGUGUGUGUGUGUGUGUGUGUGUGUGUGUGUGUGUGUGUUAUUGCUGCCACCUGAUAUUUCUGUAGUAGUAGUAGUAGUAGUAGUAGUAGUAGUAGUUAUAACAGUAUCAUAGCUAUUAGAGGCCGAUACAUUUAAUUACCUUACUACAUAAUUAGUCCAGGUAUCAGCCAGUUACCUGAGUGUCGUCACCGUUAACGAGCCCCGCGUGACACCUGAGGGAGGGGGUGAUCCUGUUAUGUCAAUUGUUCCCUUGUUUGUUGUCGUAUGGAUUGAUAUAUUUGCUACUUUAUUUAUUCCUUCAUUUAUUCGUUUAUAAUAAAAUAUCAUGCCAAAA